AUGGACUUCGCGAGCCUUCAAAGCCCGUACGGCGCGUGCGCGGCGCAAGGCCUGUGGGACCUGUUGACCCGGGACACCACCAGCCGUCGCGUGCUGAACGCGUUACCCAGAAUGGUAUUCCCGCUCCGGCGGGCCCUGAACGCCGCCGCCUCCGAUCACUGGCGCGUCGGCGUUCGCGCGCUGAAGACGUUACAAAAACUGGCUUCAGCCGGCAAGGACGGCCGCGUGGGUUACGCCUUGGUCCCGUACUAUCGGCUCCCGUUGCCGCCACUCGACCGUUACGGCCGGCUCACCGACGUAAGCUCCAGCGACGGCGUGAACCGGUGUAUCAAAUGUUGCCGUACGGGAGGAACAAGAGGCGCUUUAGCGCAUUUAUUAGUUUUACAAUAUUCCUCAUGUUCCGUUAGACUUUUCUCG